AUGACGAGGAGGGCCCAACCCACCAAAGCGGAGAUUGGGGAAACCCCCUGCCAAACCGCGCAUGCGCAGUCCGGCACAGCUACCGAGUCUGCGCACUUUAAACAUAAAGACAAUUCGGAUCUAAUUGAUCCUAAUUUUACUCAGCUCCCACAAUCACAAAAUUUUCCUAUGAUACCUCAAAUUCUAAUAAAAAAACCCCAAAGAUCAAUAUGGACCCUUCCUCAAAGAGAAGGGGGAGGAACAGGUGCUCCUGGAAACAUUGAGGAUAUUGCAGUAUUACCAGUGAGAUCUGGAAUAAGGGAGGAUGUCCCAAGAUGGGAACCAAUAGAUGGUUCACUUUUAAAAGACCUACUGGAUGCAGUAGAAAAGAGAGGACUUGGCUCCCUGUAUUUUAAACAAUUAUUGAGAGGCCUCUUUCGCAGUCACGAAAUGAUACCUUAUGAUUGCAAAUACAUAGCAAUAGCAAUAUUUACAGACUCACAACAUAUGUUAUGGAAUAAGAAAUGGAGAGAAGCCCUCCAAGAAUUGAGAGAUAAAUAUGCAAGAGGACCAUAUGCACACAUCACAGUAGCCCAGAUGGCAGGAGAUAUCCCAUAUCAUAAACCAGAAAGUCAAAUGACAGAUUUGCCUCCAGAAGUGCUCCGAGAUAUUAUAGAAGCAGCUGAAAAGACACUGCUGCAGAUUCAACCUUCUGGACCCUCAGAAGGUAUUUACACUGAAAUAAGGCAGAGUCCUUCAGAGCCUUUCACCACUUUUGUGGAUCGCCUCACACAAGCAAUUGACCGACAAGUGAUGGAUGAAAAUGUGAAGCCACACUUGCUUCAGGGUCUUGCUUUUGCGAAUGCUAAUGCAGAAUGUCGACGUAUUAUCAGUGCCUUGCCAGGGUAUCCAGCAAUUGAAGAAAUGAUAGAGGCCUGCACAAACACAUUGAUAGCCAAAGCUAUUGCCUUGCCUCCACAUGCAAAUACUCCAAUCAAGAUAAAGACCAGAGAGCGGACUGCAUCUGUCAACGAAUAUAUAGAAGUUCGUGCUACCUGGGUGAAACAAAUUAGUCGUGAUCGACCUGCACUCACCACCUUGAAAUUGACCUGGAAAACAGAUGACCCUAUUUGGGUGGACCAGUGGCCCCUGGAAAAAGAGAAAUUGAGUGCUCUAGAAGAAUUAGUCCAAGAACAGUUGCAAAAAGGCCACAUUACACCAACUACUAGUCCCUGGAAUUCUCCAGUUUUUGUAAUUCGUAAAAAAUCUUCAGGUUCGUGGAGAUUGAUUCAUGAUCUCAGAAGAAUCAAUGAGGUCAUUGAGGAAAUGGGACCCCUUCAACUUGGACUUCCAUCUCUUUCAGUGAUUCCAAGGCACUGGCCAAUCAUGAUCUUCGACCUCAAGGAUUGUUUUUUUAACAUUCCACUUCAUCCGAAAGAUGCUCCAAGAUUUGCUUUUUCAGUUCCAAGUAUUAAUAGAAUGAAAACUCUACAGAGGUAUCAUUGGGUGGUGUUACCACAAGGUCUCCGCAAUUCUCCAACGAUUUGCCAAUGGUUCGUGGCACGAACCCUGUCUCCAGUGAGAGAAAAACAUCCAAAGGCAUUGAUCAUUCAUUAUAUGGAUGAUCUGCUCAUCACUGCAGCAACAAAGCAGGAACUGGAGAAGACUCGCGACAGCAUGUUUAUGGAAAUUCGGAAAGCAGGACUAGAAAUUUCAACUUCAAAAAUUCAAGAAAUUUCGCCAUGGAGCUAUCUAGGUUGGAAGAUCACAGCACAAGAAAUAAGACCGCAGAAAAUACAAGUAAGAACUCAAGUCAAUAACCUACAAGAACUACAGCGACUCCUUGGAGAAAUCAACUGGGUCAGAACAACUUUGGGAAUCACGAAUGAGGAACUCUCACCUUUUUUAAAUUUGCUUAAAGGGGACACUAACCUUAGAGCUCCCAGAACUCUCACACCUGAAGCUCAAAGAGCUCUUGAAAAUAUCACCGAGGCUCUCCAGAAACGACAAGCCCAUCGAGUUUCAAGAACUCUCCCCUCUUUUUUGGGAGUAUUAGGGGAGGGCAUUCAAUUGUAUGGUCUUAUAUUCCAGUGGGACAAUUCAGAGAGAGAUCCUUUGUUGAUAAUAGAAUGGGUAUUCUUGCCCUACAGAUUCCCUAAAACAAUUUAUACUGCAUUAGAGAUGGCAGCCCAGAUAAUUAUCAAAGCCAGAACUAGAUUGUUAACAAUGACAGGUAAAGAUUUUACUACGAUUUACCUGUCUCUGAAAAAGGAUUAUUUAGAUUGGGCAUUGCAAAAGUCGGAUGACUUACAGAUUGCAUUGCUAAAUUUUACAGGAGUUUGUUCAAGUCAUUUCCCCAGUCAUAAACUGUUACAGUCCAAGAUAAGUUAUAAGGAAAAACCUAAACUGAGUGAAGUACCAUUAAAUGCAAUAACUCUAUUUACUGAUGGUUCAGGGAAAACCCACAAAGCAGUUAUAACAUGGCAAAAUACCACUACAAAGAAGUGGGAAUCAGAUAUUCAAAUAGUACAAGGCUCACCCCAAAUCAUAGAAUUGGCUGCUGUAGUUCGAGCAUUUCAGUUGUUUCAAGAACCCUUUAACCUGAUUACAGAUUUGGCUUAUGUAGCAAAUAUUGUUAAAAGAACAGAAGGAUCUCUUCUGAAAGAAGUAGAUAAUGAGAAUCUAUAUUGUUAUCUUAUCAGUAUGCAACAACUAAUAGGACAAAGAGAAAAUCCGUAUUUUGUUUCACAUAUUAGAGCACAUUCUUCUCUCCCAGGGUUUCUAGCAGAAGGAAAUGCCCGAGCAGAUAAACUGACCUUAAUUAUUUCAAACACUUUACCAAAUAUUUUUGAACAGGCAAAAUUAAGUCACACAUUCUUUCAUCAGAAUGCACAAGCGUUGAUGCACACUUUUCAUAUUUCAAAAGAGCAAGGAAAAGCCAUCAUAAAUGCUUGUCCAGAUUGCCAGUUGGCACAGCCUCCUGUGUCUACAGGAGCAGUAAAUCCAAGAGGAUUGGAGAGUUUGCAAUUAUGGCAAGUGGAUGUCACUAAAUAUCCAUCUUUUGGGAGAUUUAAGAACAUCCAUGUAUCAGUAGAUACUUUUUCAGGUGCAGUUUUUGCCUCUCUACACACAGGAGAAACAGCAAAACAUGCAUGCAGACACUUUUUACAAGCGUUCGCAUCAUUAGGUGUACCUAAAGAAAUUAAAACAGAUAAUGGUCCAACAUAUAAAAAUCACACUCUCGAAGAAUUUCUAAAAAAACGGGGUGUUUAUCACAUUACUGGCAUUCCCCAUUCAUCAACAAGUCAAGCAAUUAUUGAAAGAACGCAUCGUACUUUAAAAUCUGUUCUAGACAGGCAGAAAAGAGGAGAGGCAGAAGCUACGAUUGAAUAA